AUGGACAACUUCACGACCAUCGCCGAAUGCGAGGGGUCUUUCGGCCCCGCUGCAACCAUAUGCAGCAACCGAUUCGACUUCACCCUCCUCUUCGAACAAUCUAUCCUGAACAUUGGCCCGUCAGCUGUGUUGCUUCUGGCUCUUCCUUUCCGGCUUCAGCAGCUUCUUCAUCAACGCCGCAAAGUCUUGCGACAUCCCUCAAAUGUCGCAAAGAUCGCCACCUGCAUCGUCUUUGGCGGACUUCAAAUCGCCUCGCUCGCGCUAUGGACGCAAGCACCGUUCUCUAACCGCGUCUCUGUCGCUGCCGCAGUUCUCGGCGUUCUAGAUGCCUUGGCCCUCACUCUCCUCAGCCACGCAGAGCAUCUCCGAUCUAUUCGACCAUCCACCACGAUCUGCGUCUACCUGGCGUUCUCGCUCAUCUUUGACGCCGUGCAAUGCCGCACGCUAUGGCUGCUCCCCGGAUUGCACAACCUGGCCAGCGUCUCCAGCGCAGCGCUAGCAAUGAAGUUGGCAAUGUUUCUUCUAGAAGUUCAAGGCAAACGCACAUUCCUCCUCGCUGCUCUGCGCCACUUGAGCCCCGAGGCCACGAGCGGCAUCAUCGGUCGCGGUUUCUUUUGGUGGCUCAACAGCCUGCUGGGGAAAGGCUUCAAGGCCACCUUGUCUCCUUCAACUCUCUACGACAUUGAUGAUGAUAUGCGGUCUGAAUAUCUGCUCCAGAACCUCGAUAACGCGUGGAAUCAACGGAGAGGGCAUGGAAAGCGGGCCUUAUUACGCUCGAUCUUCAGCACGACGAAGAUGGCUUUGCUGGUCACGGCGGUACCCAGACUCGUCUUAGUUGGACUCAAGUUUGCACAACCGUUUCUCAUCAACCGAAUCAUCAAGUACGUCGAUGGGGACCGAGGAUCUGAUUCUAAGUCUGUUGGUUACGGUCUGAUAGCUGCGACAGGCUUAGUCUACCUGGGCAACGCGCUUGGUCUCGGAAGCGUGGGGCCGGCUGUUACCAUCAUAGUCACUUCGGAAGUUCUUGGUGCAAUCAAGGAGACAAAGAUGCUGGGAAUGGUGGACUUCCUUCAGCGUGCUAUCCAAGAUCUGAGAGUCGCAGAGUUGCGCAGAGCCAAGCAGUAUCGCCGCUUCAUCACCUACAUGAAUAUGUUAGGCAACGCUCCGUCAAUGAUCGGUCCUGUUGUGACUUUUGGCCUUGCCAUCAUUGCGCAAAAGAUCAAUGCUGGGUUGUCACUCUCUAUCGCCACGGUAUUCACCUCGCUUACCAUCAUCGACCUGAUUGCUGGGCCACUUGCGCAGCUAAUUACCUCUGUACCGAGCUUGGUGGCAUCUUUGGGAAGUUUCGAGAGGAUCCAAGCCUUCCUCGAACAGGGUAGGCCAUCAACGGUCACGAAUCCUGAUUACCUCGAAGCUGCAAAUCACUCUCACGACCGUGGCUACACCGAAACUGAUCAUGGCAUAGAAAUGGGCACAAUGCGACCGAAGACGUCGCUCGAGCCAUUUUCCGAACAGAGAGACAUUGCGACGGUCCAGAACGGUUCGUUCAGGCUCAAGGUGGACGAAGAGCCUAUUCUACAUGACAUCAACCUCCGCAUCGCCCCUUCAACUAUGACUAUCGUGAUUGGCCGAAUAGGCUCGGGAAAGACCACCCUCAUUCGGGGACUUCUUGGCGAACUACCCACUACCGGAUCGGUCAAGACUCUUGAAGGUCCUGUAGCGUACUGUGCUCAGACAACUUGGCUGAUGACAGCAACCGUCAAGGAAAACAUUCUUGGCGAAACACCGACCGAUGAGGACUGGUACGAAAGGGUUGUACAUGCUUGUGCUCUCGUACCCGACUUCUCUCAGCUAGCAAACGGAGAUCACACAGUGGUAGGAAGCAAAGGCCAAUCCCUCAGCGGAGGUCAAAAGCAGCGGGUUGCUCUGGCACGAGCAGUAUUCUCGCAAAAGCCUGUUCUCGUUGUUGAUGAUGCGUUGAGCGGGCUGGACAAUGCAACCCAGACUCAGAUUUGGGACUGUCUUUUUAGCCCGCGAGGCCUUGUCCGCCAAUAUGGCGCAACCGUGAUCUUGACAACACACUCACUGAAUAAUCUCAAAUUUGCGGACCAAAUCCUCAUUUUGGGCGAUGACGGGCAGAUUGCCAGCCAAGGCAAUUUUGACGCUAUUCGGGAAAGCGCUUAUCUUCAGAGCCUUUCCUUCGAGGAUCCGCAGGCCAAAGAUGCGAAGGACGCUGAGACCAUUUCAGUCGCAAAAUCUCGACAGCAAAGUCGACCGCAAACCAAAGGAGUAGAAGCUGAAUCAGAGCAGGACCUCUUGAGAAAGGCUGGCGACACUACGCUGUACUGGUACUACCUGAAAUCCAUUGGUUGGUGGUAUGGCUCUGCUGGUGCGAUAUCCUUGAUUCUCGACUGCUUCUUCCGAGUCUUCCCUCAAAUUUGGCUCAAGAUCUGGACGGAAGAGGAUGCGAGGGCCGGCUCAUCAGACACAGGCUUCUACUUCGGAGUCUACUCUGCUAUUUCUGUCGUGGGCUUGUUUGUCAUUGGUGUCAAUAUCUGGGCACCAUUGUCAUUCUUUGGAUCAACAGACACCGGCGACUUGAUCAAUAGAUUCAGUCAGGAUCUGUCGCACAUUGACCGAGAUCUUCCUACAGCGUUGUUUAUGACAUCAAUCGCUGUUCUCGAUUGCCUGGCAGGAGCCGCCCUUAUUGUCAUUGGUGCCAAGUACCUUGCAGCAGCCAUUCCGUUCGCUUUGCUCGCCCUCUACUGCCUACAGGCUUUCUACCUGAGAACUUCUCGCCAGAUGCGGUUCCUCGAUCUCCAAGCCCAGGCUCCUCUUCUGACCAAGUUGAUCGAGACCAUCGAUGGCUUAGCAACCAUCCGCGCCUUUGGCUGGCAGACUGCCUUCCGGGAAACCUCACUUGAACUCUUGGAUGAGUCCCAACGGCCGUAUUACCUGAUGUUCUGCAUCCAACGCUGGCUCACUCUGGUUCUCGACAUUCUUGUCGGUGCUAUUGCAGUUUUUCUGGUCUCGAUGGCCAUGAUGAUACCAGACGCGACUAGCACUGGAGCCAUUGCCAUUGCGCUUUACAAUGUGCUCAAUUUCAAUCAAUCUCUGGCCACUUUGAUUACCUCUUGGACGGAGCUUGAAACAUCGCUAGGAGCAAUCUCUCGUUUGCGAACCUUCGUAUCUCGAACACCAAUUGAACCGACGCCUAUAGCUGAAAGACCUGACAAUAUCCCACGCCAAUGGCCUUCUCAGGGUCAGGUUGAGAUACAGAAUAUCACAGUAUCUUACUCCGCGGAAACGAGGCCAGUACUCAAGGGAGUCUCGCUUUCUAUCCAGCCGGGAGAGAAGGUUGCCAUUUGUGGGCGCACAGGUAGUGGCAAAUCGACUCUCACACUCGCCGUCUUUAAACUUCUUGGCCUCGAUGCAGGCAGGAUCCUGAUCGACGGCGUCGACAUUGGCAAUGUUUCGAACGAUGUGCUCCGCCGAUCGCUUAUUGCCAUUCCACAGGAGCCGCUUCUCUUCCCAGGAAGCCUGCGUAAGAAUCUAUUCCCCUUCAGCGACGACUCAAGCGCAGAUGAGGUGCCGUCCGAUGAUGGCCUCAUAGAUGCCCUGACUAAGGUCUCGCUAUGGUCAGCCAUCUCCUUGAGUGGUGGUCUCGACACGGAUGUCUCCAACCUACCACUGUCCAAGGGCCAAAAGCAGCUGUUGUGUCUGGCCCGGGCCAUUGUCAGGAAGAAUUCUAGCAGGGUCCUGGUUCUCGAUGAAGCCACCAGUGCCGUCGACCAAGAAACCGAAGAAAUGAUGGCUAGAAUCAUAGAGACCGAGUUCGUUGAUCAUACUAUCAUAUCUGUGGUUCACCGUCCUCAGGCCCUCCGUGGCAUCGACAAGAUUGUCACCUUGCAAGACGGCCGAGUAGCAAGCGUAGGGUCGGCAGAGAACUAG